UUCGCAACAAGGCUGAUAAGGAACUGCGCGAAGCAGCAUAGGAUGGUUUCUUUCUUAUUGAAAUUAACUAAUGACUUGCAUGUCUAAAAAUAAGUUAUCCUUGUAAUACAGUGAUCGGUCUUGCGUGCCGCGGUCUCAACGACGGCUUUUUUUCUUUCCUCUGGGCAAGCUGCCGGCAAGUUGUCGCGCUUAUGCGCCCAUCUUCGCGCUCUUGAACAGUACAUUUGCGAGGCAUGGCAUCGACUGAAAUCACUAUCAAGAGCGUCGGCGUGCGACUGAACAGCCCCGCCGUCAUUGUCGUGUAUCAAACGGGCAGCGGCACGCUUCACAAGAGGACGAUGCCCGUGAGGGGCCUGUUCGAGAACUCGGACAUCAAAAGCGUAGCCGAAGCGCUGCGCGACCGUCAUUCAGCGGUUCUAAGCGGCGCUCCUCUGAUACAAGUGGAGAAGAUGUUGCGCAUUCUGCAGGAAAACAUAAAAGGUCAGUCGUUGGAAGAGUGCCUGGCAAAAGUGAACGAAGAGUUCACGGUAAACCCGGACGAAGAUCUUAACAAGUUGGACGACGAGACGUUGCAGAGGAAGAAAGACCUGAUGAGCUUAUCCUUCGAGAAGAGUCGUAAGAAACCCGGCGACCCGGACUUUCAGUACGACGUCGAGGAAGAUUUCGAUGUCGAAGGCGCGAUCGAGACGUCCGGAUGGGACUCCGACAAGAGCGGUGAUUUCAACUUCUGAUGCCACUACAGAGCAUACAACUUCGCUUUUUUUUUUUUUUUUGUAUAUAUACUGUGCAUUUUUCUUGCAGUUCUUUCUUUUGGGAACGCGUCAUUCUGUAUUUCUCGUGCUUUUAAUUCUCCGAAAACUGGUACGUGUGGCGCCAUCUAGACCAAUAGAGAAGAAGGAACGAUUGACGUGCCGAGCAGUGAAGUGUGCGUGCAGUGAUGCUUUACUAUAAAAAUAUAGUUGUAACAAUAGCUAAGCUUAUUGCUGAAAAGAGUUGAUGCCCGUUUUCCCGUAAUGUUUGUUUUUCUACCUUUGGCGUCGCAUGAAUGUGCAUGGUGAGUUUGCUGCCAAUUUUCAUGUUUGUGAUAUCUGGGCCAACGGGCUGGGCUGAAGGCAGUGCGGCUUUGUAACAAAAGAAACGAAUACGAAUUAAUGAAUCACUUGAUUAAAUGGAGGAAGCAUGACACACAGCGGCUGAUGUGCGUCGGAGCUGAUGGCGCGAGUUUGGCUCCCAUGGUGGAUACGGAGAGGAACUGGCGCAAUUAACUGUAGUACACUGUAUAGAGGAACUCUGGAGUUAAUAAUUCGUUAAUAAUAGGCGAAGUGCGGCGACAAGGAGCAAUUUUCUCGGUGUUAAUUUUAUCACAGAGGCAUACAUUUUAAGAUGACUCGAGGUAGUAAUUAUGCAAGCAAACAUGGAAAUAUAUUUUCUAGACUAAUUAACUUUGAACAAUUAAACAGCCUAAUUAUCUCGACAUGAAAAAAAUUUGAGGCUGCUAAUUUCCGCAAGGUGAUGAUCUCCGGCC